UCCCGGCGACAGGAUCGCACAUUUUUUGGCGAAUCCGUUCGUCCUGGAUUUGCUGCAAAAUGAAUGUUUUCAAACAAUUAGCGCCCGUUGCGCUGCAUUUGGCACGGCGUCUUCCGCUAGCUACUCCGCAGUGCACAUCAGUUCUUCAAUGGCAAAAGCAUCCGAUGCGUGCGAUCGGGACCAGUGCUCCCCGUAACGAUUUGGCGGAAUUUUUCGACGAUAAGAAAAACUGGGGCGAGCAAGAGGUCAAGCAUGGCCGCUGCUGGACGAAGGAUGAUAUGCGAAUAAAGUCCAACGGAGAUCUGCACAAGCUGUGGUUCGUGCUGUUGAAGGAGCGCAACAUGCUGUUAACGAUGGAGCACGAGUGCAAGGAAAAGAUGGAACUGUUUCCCAGCCCCGAACGGCUCGACAAGGUGAAGGAGUCGAUGGAAAAUCUGGAAACCGUGAUACGGGAACGUAACCGAGCGUACUAUAGUUUGGAAACGGGCGAAACCGGCGAACGACCGGGGCGCGUAGUGUCGAACCAGCUCGGCAUAAAUUUCUUCUACCGAGCGUUCGAGCACGUGAUACCGAAGUUUGCCAACACGAAGUGGAAUGAGCGGCACAAGUUCUCGUACGGCGGUUCCGCUGUCAUGAAGUUUCUGCGCAAGUAUCGCGAGCGUCUGUACAACGAGAAACGCAAGCUACGCAAUCGCGAACGCAAUGAGGUGGUGCAUCUGCUUCGCCGGUUUCCCAACAUUGACCGGGAAACGUUGGCCCAACGGUUUCCAAGCGUAGACGUAGAGAAACUGUACAGGCUGGACAAAAUACGUUCGAAUCAGUCCGCAAAAGAUUCGUGAGCUUGCUUGCGCUAGAGGUGAAUAAAUAUAUUACUAUCGAUAGA